AUCCACAAUAUUUUUACCCUAUCACUGCUGUUGUUGUUUUGGAAACCAUCGCAACGGAGCCAGUGGCGUGGUCCCAAUCGUUUACUCAAAUAUUGUGGUAAAUUGAAGAAAGUCUCCCUUGGCCCUUUGCAUGCAGAAUGAGUGUCACUUCAGCAUUCGAGAAUGCCAGCAGGUGAGAGUGAAGCCCGAGCUAAAACCAGGGCCAGAUUUGACGAGGUCUUCAAGAGAUACACAGAGCCGGCUACAUUGGAGAAGAAAAAAGUGAAGAAGAAGAAGAGCCCAGAUCAGCCAGAGCAGGAGAGUAUUGUGCUCCAAACUUUGAAACAAAACCUUGACAUUGUGAAAGACCUAGAGGACGAUGAGACUGUUCAUCAGAACACCUACCACGCUGACCAGGGCAGCCCUCGUUUCACCAAGAACAAGCGUAGGGAGAGGGAGGUAACAGAGAAGGUAAACAACAACAACAAUGGGAACCAGGAUGAGGAGGAGCAACCAACCAAAGGGAAGAGGAAAAGUAAAAGGGAGCUGCCUCCAGCCCCAGUGCAGCAGGAGGACAGUUAUAUCAUUCAAAUCGACCAGACUGAUAGUACUGCUGGAAAUGCCAAAACACCCAAAUCCAAGGCCUCCUUAGAGUCGGAAGACCCUGCGAAUAUACAGAGGAGAAAGAGUAAGAAAGGGAACAGCAAAGGAAGAGAGGAGGUGUCCGGGGUCCAGGGUGAGGUUGCGGUGGAAGCUGAGGAUGAGUUACUUCAUGAGUACCAGAAGCAGAUGGCACAGGAAGAGGAGAUGGCUACUGUGAAGAAGACUGUACACAAGAAGUCAACAACAGACAAGACCAACGCUGCCACUCAGGAAGUAGUAACAUUAAACAAUGAAGGUGCAAAGAAGAAGAAGAAGAAGCUGAGGUCGUCAUUGGAUUCGGAGAGGGAGACGAGUAUGAUAGAAGAUCUGCAGAGCAGCCAGUCUGACGACGUCACUGAAAGGAAGAGGUCCAAAGAGAAGAGCCAAGAAAGCCACCAAGAGGACGACGAGGAGGACAGACUAGAAUCUUUAAAAUCAAAAGGCAAAAAGAAGAAAAAAAUGAAACAAUUGGUGAAGGAGGAGAGUGAUACAGAGAUUGUUGAAACUCCUCGGAGACCAGUCUUUGAUGACAACCUGGUCCUGGGAGUCUACAUCCACAGGACAGACCGCCUGAAGACUGACCUGCUGGUCUCACACCCCAUGGUCAAGAUCCACGUUAUUGACGAGAUGACUGGGCAAUACGUGAAAAAAGAGGACAGUCACCGCCCGGUCUCGUCAUUCUACGAGCAGGAGAGUGUGGAGCAUAUCCUUCCCAUCAUCACCCAGCCUUUUGACUUCAAGAAGAACAAAUCAACAGUUCCAGAGUGGGAUGAGCAGAUCAUCUUCAACGAGCGCUUUGGAUAUUUCCUCCAGGAUAACCAUGAAGGCCCUAGAGUUAUGCUCUUUUUUGAGGUCCUGGAUUUUAUGACCAUGGAGGAAGCCAGAGCCAAUGUUGACGUCGACAGACAUGAACGAGGUUUUCGAAAAAUCGCCUGGGCGUUUCUAAAGCUUGUGGGCACUAACGGAGUGCUGAACAUCGACAGUAAACUGCGUUUGCAGCUCUUCUGUCCCCCUCCCCGGGGCAAGAGACAAGAAAAUACAAUUGAGGUAGUGGACUGGUGGAGGAGAUAUCCCCGUAGCAGAUACACAUCCACCCUCUACAUCACUGUGAAAGGCCUCAAACUACCUGAUCAUGUGGACCCUAGCAUCCGCUCCAUGAUGGCCCUGCAGCAGGAGAGAGGCUCCACUUCCUUUAGCGAGCUGCAGAGUGAGAUCACCAGGAGAACCAUAACACAACCUCUAAGCAACAAACCUGAGCUCCGUUGGAGCAGAAUGCCUGGGCAGGUGUGCCGGAUCCCUAAUAAGCCCAUGCUGUCGUUCCGUGGUGGUCAGAUGGGUUGUUUCACGAUACGAUUCUCCCACGACGGGAGGAAGCUGGCUGCUGCGUGUGCUGACAGAGAUGCCUUCCCCGUCAUAGUGUAUGAGAUUCCUUCAGGCAAGGUGUUGGCUGCCUUCAACGGCCACCUCAGUAUCGUGUAUGAUCUCUGCUGGUCCAGAGACGACUGGAGCCUCCUGUCUUCCUCCUCUGAUGGCACCGUCAGAGUGUGGAACGUGCAGAGGCUCCAGGCCAUCGCCCAGAAGGUGCUCCCCCACCCGUCGUUUGUCUACUGUGCUCAGUACCAUCCUACGGCCCAGGGCAUGGUGGUGACGGCUGGGUACGACUGUCUGGUGAGGGUCUGGAGGGUGAACGUCAAAGAUGUCAACGGACUGCUGCUCCAGGAGUUCGAGGGUCACAAGAGCUUCAUCAACGCUCUGUGUUUCGACUCCGAAGGAAACCGAAUGUUCUCUGCAGACAACGUUGGGUUCAUCAUUGUGUGGAGGACGUCGGUUGAUGACAGUCUGCAUCAGAGACCGUGUCGUCACUGGAAGAUUGAGAAGGAGAUAGGAGAGAGUGACCUGAGUGGGCUUCCCAUCAACACGUUAGAGGUCCAUCCUAAUGGUCGCCGUCUACUGAUCCAUGCCAAAGACAGCGUUGUCAGGGUGAUGGAUCUCAGAGUUUUGGCUGUGAAGAAAUACACAGGUGCCACUAACUACAGGGAGAGGAUCCACAGCACGUUCACACCCUGUGGGAGCUUCAUCUUCUCAGGCAGCGAGGAUGGAAUGGCCUACGUGUGGAACGCAGAAACAGGUGACCAGGUGGCGGUGUACUCGGAGCUGUGUUACCCCACAGCCCUCCGUGGUGUGGGCUUCCACCCUCAUGAGAACAUGGUGGCCUUCUGUGCCUUCGGUCAGAACCAGCCUGUGCACGUCUACUUGUACGACCGCAGAGCGGCCCAGCUGGAGGUGGAGAGUCUGAAGGGCCACAGCAGGUCUGGAUCAGCCGACACUAAGAUGUUCAGGAACACAUCCGACCCAGUAACAUUCCAGGACACCUCCGGAGCAGCCAUGGACUGCUUCGCCAGAGCAGCCAGACUGUCUAUGAAGAUGCAGCGUGUCAAAGAUAAACUGGACUCUGUUCUAGAACCAUCUCGGAGUUUCUCUGUUGUGGAACACCUGUAUGAGCAAGAUAAAGCGGGCAUGUAUCAGAUGGGGAGGAGCCUAUCUCAGGAAGCCAGCCCAGUAAGUAGUACUCUCAUUAACUCUAUGAGCUUGAACUCGUCCCUGCCUCCUCCAUCCCUCCUGUCACCACACUCCAAACUGCAGCUGUCUAGUUCCCUCGGAGCUCAGUUCAUCCCCCAGGCAACUCUCACCUCCCAGAACCGUGGUUUCAGCCCAGUGGGCCAGCAUCUAGGAAGAGCUCCAUCUCUCAGGCUACAGACUAGCAUCCCUGAUCAUCUGUCUACAGCCAUUAGAGUGGACGCAGAUUCCUUGGUACCAGUUCAGCAAACGGUUGUCUCUUUGUAUGACUACAGUGCUACCCGGUCAGAUGAGUUAACGGUACAGCGUGGUGAUGUCAUCUAUGUGCUCUACAAAGACAACGACAACUGGUGGUUUGGACGCCUGGCUAACGGACAGCAGGGAUACUUCCCAGCUACCUAUGUGGCGGAAGAGCGGGAUUACAACGAGGAGCUGUCUCAGGCCCUAAAGGCACAGUCUGCCCUGUCUGAACAGACCGACCUAUCAGUCCCCCCUUCUGAACGGACUGACCAAUCAGAUGGGAGGUUGACACCUACCAAGGUGUCAGCUGCCGUUGUCUCUGGGGAACUCAAGUUCAUCUCUGAGCUGGACACAGACCCUGAGCAGCCUGCUGCCACCAAAGUGAAGAAGAAGAAAAAGAAGUUAGUGAAGAAGUUAGAAGCUCCGUCAUCACCACCACCGGCCACAUUCUCCGACCCUGAUGCCCCAGGAACGUCAUCUACCAAGAGGAGGGCCAAUGCUGCAGGCAGCAGACCACUGCCCCCCAGCCCCAGGAGAGGACAGUCUAACAGAGCCUUGGAGCCUGAUACCUAGACCCAUGGACCUAUGGUUAAGAGUACAUACACUAAGAGCUGUUUUUUAACGCUAAAUUCCCUUUUGAACAGAAGAUAACAAAUAUGUUAAUAAUGGAAACCAUCCUGUAAAGCGUACACAUAUUGUUUUAUUGUGUGUGGGGGGAGGGGGGGGGGGGGGGGGUUCAAAUAUUUUUUAAAUGAUGUCUGAAUAACUAUUGAUUAAAAAAAAUAUUUUAGAACAUCUGAAUUUUAAAAAGUUUACUAUUAUGUCCUAUAAUGUAGUAUCAGUCCUGGAGAGAUUUUGUAUGUUUGGCUGUUUUUAUCCUAUUUAUUGGAUACAAUACAAUUAAAAAUAGUUGCCAAGUGAAUUGUUUUUUAUAUGUAUUUCUGUAAUUACAGAAAAUUACAGUUGCUAGUCAUAUCUUUAAAUAUGUCCGCAGUGAUUAUGUUAAAUAUAACAACUUUGAAAUGUG